UCUAAAGAAGGGCUUAGAUUCUUAACAUUCUUUUAAAAAUAACGUUCUGCCAAAAUGUCAGUGCACAGUGCUCAUAACAGAAAUAACAGUGAUAUCUUUGAAGUUCCUCCUUCCCAGAAGAGUUCAUCACUAAGUGCAGUCACCCAUGGUGGCCAACUUAAGCUGCAUUUGAAGUCAAAUAUAUCAGAAAGUGAGAAUGAUGAUCCAUUGUUGGGAUCUACAAGUAAAAUCAGAGACAUAAAUAGCACUUAUGUUAUUUCUGCCUGUAAAAAAUCAGGAGAUCUGCCCCUUACCCCGAAGCCUGUAGAAAGAUUGACACUUCAGAGAAGAGCUACAAGGAACAAAGACUCUUUACUUGGUAGUGAGUUGGGAGACACCACUGAGAAAACAGCAGAAACAAGUCUUACCUUACAGCGCCGUCGUGCUAAAAUGGAUUCUGUAGAAAAGUGCAAAGCAGUUAAAAGAGAUCCUGUUGAAAAGUGGAAAAUAAUGCAGAAUGUGGGAAGUGAAGCAGAAAAUUGUGCUUCACAGGAAACUAGGCCAAAUGCAAAGGGAAUAAGUAACAGUAAAAACUCUUGUGUUGCAUCUUCUGCAAGAUUAGCUGAACAGUCAAAUGCCAUUGAAACCACUGGUGAUGAGAAAUACAAAGAAUCAUUUUCUGUCUUCAGUGGGACCAAAGAAAAUGUUUCACUAAAGUACUCAAGCAAUAGAGCACCCAUUGGUUCCCAGGGUCAGACGGAAGUUGUUAAAUCAGGACACUUGGCAGUGAAACCUACUCAGAGCAAGUUGGAUAUCCAAGUGUGGGGAACAGGAAGUGUACAUCAAAGUAUUGGAAAGGACGUUGUAAAAAAUUCAAAUAAAUUUGGAAACUUAGAAAAAAGAACCCCUGUGAAAUGUAUCACAGAACACAAAUUGACACCAAAGCACUGCCUGCCUCAACUUAAAAGCCCAGCUGCAUCAAUACUGAAAAACAGGAUGCCCAGCCUUCAAGAUAAGCAAAGACCAAAAAGUUCACUUCUUGCAAAUAAAAGGGAAAGGUCACAAGAAAAUACACUCCCUCCUGAAGAAAAAACCACAGUUCAGAACAAUACCUCUAUAGAAACAGACCUCUUAAAAAUAGAGAAUAGUCAAGUGACUGUGGCAGUACGCGUAAGGCCUUUCAGCAAAAGAGAGAAGAUUGAAAAAGCAUCCCAGGUGGUCUUUGUGAAUGGGGAAGAAAUAACGGUGGCACACCCUGACAUGAAACAAGUUUAUACUUUUAUUUAUGAUCUUUCGUUCUGGUCUUUCGAUGAAUGCCAUCCACACUAUGCUAGCCAGACAACUGUGUAUGAGACUCUAGCAGCACCACUCCUAGAAAGAGCCUUCGAAGGCUACAACACCUGUCUCUUUGCUUACGGUCAGACUGGCUCUGGAAAGUCAUAUACGAUGAUGGGAUUUAGUGAAGAACCAGGAAUAAUUCCAAGAUUUUGUGAAGAUCUUUUUGCUCAAGUAGCCCAAAAACAAACCCAAGAGGUCAGCUGCCACCUUGAAAUGAGCUUCUUUGAAGUAUACAAUGAAAAAAUUCAUGACCUUCUGGUUUGUAAAGGUGAAAAUGGGCAGAGAAAACAACCACUGAGAGUAAGGGAGCAUCCUAUUUCUGGACCAUAUGUUGAGGCGCUGUCAAUGAAUGUUGUCAGUUCUUACUCUGAUAUCCAGAGUUGGCUGGAAUUGGGAAAUAAACAAAGAGCAACUGCUGCUACCGGCAUGAAUGAUAAAAGUUCCCGGUCUCAUUCUGUGCUGACCCUGGUCAUGACCCAGACCAAGACAGAGGUUGUGGAAGGGGAAGAACAUGAUCACAGAGUAACAAGUCGCAUAAGCCUGGUAGACCUGGCUGGCAGCGAGCGCUGCUCUGCAACCUACACGAGUGGAGAUCGGCUGAAGGAAGGCGUGAGCAUUAACAAGUCAUUGCUAACUUUGGGAAAGGUUAUAUCUGCACUCUCGGAACAAGCAAACCAAAGGAGGGUUUUUAUUCCAUAUCGUGAAUCUGUUCUUACGUGGCUAUUAAAAGAAAGUCUGGGUGGAAAUUCAAAAACUGCAAUGAUUGCUACCAUCAGUCCUGCGGCCAGCAACAUAGAAGAAACAUUAAGCACACUUAGAUAUGCUAACCAGGCUCGUCUGAUAGUCAACAUUGCCAAAGUAAAUGAAGAUGUGAAUGCUAAGCUAAUUAGAGAAUUGAAAGCAGAAAUUGAAAAGCUAAAAUCUGCUCAGAGAAACAAUCGAAAUAUUGACCCUGAACGAUACAGACUCUGCCGGCAAGAAAUAACAUCCUUAAGAAUGAAAUUGCAUCAACAGGAAAGAGACAUGGCAGAAAUGCAAAGACUAUGGAAAGAAAAGCUUGAACAGGCUGAAAAGAGAAAACUCCAAGAAACAAAGGAGUUACAGAAAGCAGGAAUUACAUUUCAAAUGGACAACCAUUUGCCAAACCUGGUUAAUCUCAAUGAAGAUCCACAGUUGUCGGAGAUGCUGCUAUAUAUGAUAAAAGAAGGAACAACUACAGUUGGAAAGUAUAAACCAAACUCAAGCCAUGACAUUCAGUUGUCUGGAGUGCUGAUUGCUGAUGACCACUGUACAAUCAAAAAUUUUGAAGCAACAGUGAGUAUUAUCCCAGUUGGGGAAGCAAAGACAUAUGUAAAUGGAAAACAUAUUUUGGAGCCUACAGUAUUACAUCAUGGUGAUCGGGUGAUUCUUGGUGGAGAUCAUUAUUUUAGAUUUAAUCAUCCGGUUGAAGUCCAGAAAGGCAAAAGACCAUCCAGUAGAGAUAAUUUUACAAGUGAGGGGCCAAAAGACUUUGAAUUUGCCAAAAAUGAGUUACUUAUGGCUCAGAGAUCUCUACUUGAAGCAGAAAUAAAAGAGGCCCAAUUGAAAGCAAAGGAAGAAAUGAUGCAAGGAAUCCAAAUUGCAAAAGAAAUGGCUCAGCAAGAACUCUUUUCUCAAAAAGCUGCAUAUGAAAGCAAAAUAAGAGCACUGGAAACAGAACUGAGAGAAGAGUCUCAAAGGAAGAAAAUGCAGGAGAUAAAUAACCAAAAGGCUAAUCACAAAAUUGAAGAAUUAGAAAAGGCAAAGCAGCAUCUUGAACAGGAAAUAUAUGUCAACAAUAAACGAUUAGAGAUGGAGACUCUGGCUACAAAGCAGGCUUUAGCAGAUCAUAGCAUUCGCCAUGCAAAAAUUCUGGAAGCAUUAGAAACUGAAAAGCAAAAAAUUGCUCAAGAAGUACAAAUUCUACAGCAGAAUCGCAGUCAUAGGGAUAAGACUUGUAUAAUUCAGACAAAUUGGAGCUCCAUGAAACUCUCAAUGAUGAUUCAGGAAGCCAAUACCAUCAGCAACAAAUUUAAAAAAUGUUAUGUUUUUGGCAGACAUGAUACGUCAGGUGAAGGCAGUUCUGACAUUUCUGUUCGGGUUCGGAACCUGAAACUUGGAAUCUCAACUUUCUGGAGUCUAGAGAAGUUUGAAUCUAAACUUGCAGCAAUGAAAGAACUUUAUGAGAGUAAUGGUGGUAACAAGAGUGAAGAUGUAUUUUGUGAUCCUGAAGAUGAAUGGGAACCUGACAUUACAAAUGCACCUGUUUCUUCACUUUCUAGAAGGAGGUAA